UUCCCAUUGUAUAUUAUCAACAACCCCAAGUUCUGCCGCUUUGCUGGAGCAAUUGAAGCUAUCAAUGGCAUGCACAUCGCGUGUAUCCCAUCUGCAGCUGAGCGUGAUGCCUCUCAGAAUUGCAAAGGUGGGCUAUCACAACACUGCCUUGCCUGUUACAAUUUUGACUUGAGGUUCACCCACAUAUUGAGUGGGUGGGAAGAGUCUGUAGCUGAUGCAGUGUGA